AAACGUGCGGAAUGCACACAGCGCACACUCCUUAUCUAUAUCCGAUUUUCCCUUUCACUUGACUCACCCAGAGUCGCUCUGUUAUUCAAACAGAGAACAAAUCAUGACAUCAAUGGCUUCUUCUUCUUCACUUGUAUCUACUCUUAUAAAUUCUUCCCCGUUCUGCCCCAAAUCUUUCUCCGAAUUUCCAUCUUUAUCCUUUACCCUCAAGCUUUUCCCUGCCGCAAAUUCGAAAGCUCUCCUCUUUCAGAAGAGGAACGGUGGCAUCACUGUCAAGGCCCAAACUUUGGACUUCUCUGGCUCUUUUUAUGAAGGAGGCGGAUUUGGUUCGAGCGAAGACCCGCCAUCGUCUACUGAUUCGGGCCUGACUGCUGUUGAGGACGCGGAGGCGCCUCAGUGCCCACCGGGGCUCCGACAGUAUGAGACUAUGGCGGUUUUGAGACCUGACAUGUCGGAAGAUGAACGGCUCGCUCUUACCCAGAAAUACGAGGAGUUGCUUGUCGCGGGGGGUGGUAUGUAUGUAGAGGUAUUCAACAGAGGUGUCAUUCCACUAGCCUACAGCAUCAAGAAGAAAAACAAAGCUGGAGAGACUAAUACCUAUUUAGAUGGUAUUUACCUCCUCUUCACCUACUUCACAAAACCUGAAUCCAUUGAAAUUCUGGAAGCAACAUUAAAGACAGAUGAUAAUGUCAUUCGAUCAAUGAGUUUCAAAGUAAGGAGGAGGAAGUUCUAGAAUUGGUUACUGUCAAUAUUUCGGUGCAGCUCAGCUGAGAGGAAGAUGGUUAGGAGAUAAAAAGAGUUAUAGUUGCCAUGUAAUCCUGCAUGUUGUGGAUCUUCUUCAUUCCAAUUCAUUGAAAUUUAAUUUGUUUUUGUAAACAUAGUCUGUUCAACAAUGACAGUAGUGAAAACUGUUCAAGAAGUAUGCGGUCUGAAACUCCACAGCUUUCUUAAGAGCUUGUUUGGGUGUGUGAUAAUUUCCAAAGCGGUUUAGUUACUUGGACUGAAAUUGUCAUCCAAGAAAUCCUCUUUUAAGUCUAAUGCAAUAUGUAUUGGUUAGCUGGUUUAGCAAAUGCAACGUUGGGUCUAGCUUUUGGGUCAUCUAAUGAUAUUGUUGACAGCAAGUGUUAAGAGUUAUGUAUAUUUCAUGUUUUGUUGGA